AUGGCGGACAAGAAGCUGCCGCAGCCCCCACCGACCGCCCCUCCUCCCAUCCUGCUCACCCCCAAGGCCCUCGCCCCCCCCCCGCUCCUCUGCAUCCCCGAGGUCCCCCCUCGGCCGACCAUCUUCAGCAACGAGCCCCCUUCGCGCCCGCUCGUCUUCUGCCCCCCGCCCCGGCCCCAGCACCCCGCCCUCACCAGCUGCGUGCCCCCGGCGCAGCCCACCUUCUUCCUCCGGGCCAAGCUCCCCGCGCAGCCCCGGGCCAGCCCCGGCUCCCCGGGGCCCCAGACCUGGCCUUCCGUCGUCCUGGCCGAAAGCCUGCCCCAGCCCCCUACCGUGAUCUUGGGCGAGCCCCCGCCUCCGCCCCCCAGCACUGUGGCCCCCGACCCCCCUGCCAGGCCUCCCAUGAUGGUUGGCUCGGACCCCUCGGCCAAGCCGUCCGUCAUCUUGGCGAAGGAGCCCCUUCCCCACAUGCCCGCCAUCGUGGGUGCCCUACGCCCUAAGCCCCCCUUUCGCCCCCCUACCCUCGGGGGCGGUGGCUCAGAGCCCCCUCCUCCCCCCGCCCCCGCAGGCUCGGAGGCCUCUCCAAGCCUACGCGCUGUCAUCACCUCCGGGGUCCCCUCGAAGCCCCCUCGGAGCCCACGGGCCGUCACCCCCUCUGGGGGCCUCUCAGAUCCCCCUCCUCGCCCACAGGCCAUUGGGGGCCCCUUGGAGUCCCCUCCAAGCCUACGUGCCGUCAUCACUUCUGGGGGCCCCUCAGAGCCCCCUCCUCGCCCACAGGCCAUCAGCCCCCCUGGGGGCCCCUCAGAGUCCUCUCAGAGCCCACAGGUCAUCACUCCCUCUGGGGGCCCCUCGCAGUCCCCUCCAAGCCUAUGCUCAGUCAUCGUAUCUGGGGGACACCGGGAGCCCCCUCCUCGCCCACAGGCCAUCAGCAUUUCUGGGGACCACCCAGAGCCCCUUCCUCGCCUACGAGCCAUCAGCAUUUCUGGGGGCCGCUUGGAACCCCCUCCUCGCCCACCUGCCCUUGGCAGCUUAAGGAGUAGCUCCGAGCCCCCUUCUCCUGACAAAGCACCAACUUUGAAGUCCCUCCUCAAGCCCCCCAGCCAAGAGUCAAAGGCCAUGGCUGCCAUGGCAGCUCGGCCCUACUGGAUCACUGUUCUGACCCCUCCUUGUCCCCUUGUCCCCAAGUCUGAGGCUGUUACUUACCCCACCGUUAUCAAGGCUGAAUCCCUUCCUCCUGCUCCUUACAUCAUCAAGUCCAAGACCCAAUCUCACCCCCCUUUCCUCAAGGCUGAUCCUCAUCCUCCCAACCCCUCUACCGCCAGUUCAGAGCUCCUUCCUCAGCCCCCCAUCCUCAGCAACGAGCCUUCAAUUUCCAUCCCCCCCAUCAUCAGGUUUGAGACCCCCAUCCUCAAGCCUAGCUCUCCUCCUGGCCCCUCCAUCAUCAAGGCUAAGUCUUCUCCUCCUGACUCCUCCAUCAUAAGCUCUGAGUCUCCGGACUCCUCCAUCAUCAGCUCUGAGCCUCCUCCUGACCUGUCCAUCAUCAGCUCUGACUCUGAGCCUUCUCCUGACUCCUCCAUCAUCAGCUCUGAGGCCCCUCCUGACUCCUCCACCAGCUCUGAGCUUCCUCCUGACCUGUCCAUCAUUAGCUCUGAGCCCCUUCCUGACUCCUCCAUCAGCUGUGAGCCCCCUCCUGACCCAUCCAUCAUCAGCUCUGAGGCCCCUCCUGACCUGUCCAUCAACAGCUCUGAGGCCCCUCCUGACUCCUCCAUCAUCAGCUCUGACUCUGAGCCCCCUUCUCACCCCUCCAUCAUCAGCUCUCGGCCUCUUUCCCGUUCCCCAUCAUCAGAUCUCAGCUCCUUCCUCACCAUUAACUUUGAGCCCCCUCUUUAG